ACUGUUUUGUCGCUCACGUUCCUGCGGCGCAGCCCUGUAUCUCCUUCCCAUCUUCCAGCGAAACAAUUUCUAAGCAGCAUCGCAACACCUCUGCACAGCACAUUAUGGACUUUACUGGAAACAUUUUAAUACAUCGAAACAUAUCAAAGAAGACAAGGGUGGCACACAUUGAAAAUACUAUUUUCUAUGUACCUUUCCCUUCAUAGCUCAUGGAGCGAAAGCGAACUUUCAGCGGAUUUUAUGUCUUCUCCAGGCAGCCCUGACGUGGUCUGAAUGAAGAAAGAGAGAGGAGCCACUUACCUGUAUCUCAAAACACUAUCUGGAUUGUGGGAGGCAGAGAACGAGAGAGGAGCCACUUACCUGUAUCUCAAAAUACUAUCUGGAUUGUGGGAGGCAGAGAACGAGAGAGGAGAGGGAGGAAUGGAGGGAUGGAUUAGAAGCUAAUCCAGGACACAGCCAAUCCCAGAGGAGCUCCUUUUCUUCCAAGACGCAGACAAAACAGUCGCACGGAUUACUGCACUUUAGUGUAUUGCCUUUUUUAAAAGCAUUAUCCCUUUUGUAUGGUGUUUAAUUUCCCCUAAAUGCCUGGUGUCCCGGGCCUGUGGUAAAUUUGAUGAACUGUACAACAAAGGAUAAAAGAGGACAACAGUCCCGGUGAGAGGGGAGCGAAGUGACAGGAUGUCCCAUGGACUGUGUGGUGCCACACGCAGAUAAAGCGCUUUAGUGGAGACGACAUGUGUAAACGGACCCCCUGCUCUUUCUGUUGGGUCUCAGAGGGACUGAAAGCUGAACACCCCUGAGGACGGUACAUUCAAGAUCAAACUUCUAUGAGGGAAUACUAAAACGACUGAGUGACUAGUGAGUUACAGGUUGGAGAUAUUUUAGUUGUUGAUUACAGGGGAGUAUAAGGUGAGGUUGCUUUCAAAGCAGGAUUACAAAUUCGUUUCUGGAAACACUUACUGUAUCUGAAGGGAAGAAGGACUUGGUUGAGGAGACUUGCGGCAGCCUAGAAACCUCCAUCAUUAACUGGAAGGAUCUGAGUUGUCAGUUAAGUGAUUAAGUAUCAAGUGUGUGUUUUGGUAUUUGAGUGCAGUGUGUUCAUGUGUGUAGGUGCAUUAGAGAAGAUUAUUAGCUGACAAUCAAAGGUGUCAGCCUAUUGAGUCACUCCUCAAUAAGCCAUAUCUAAAGUGACCUGGUUGGUGAGAGUUGUUGUCUUGGUGUUGUGUUGGUGUUGAAGCCUGUAGUGGUGAGAAGAGAAAGCACUGGGUGAGAGUGAAGUGGUAAUAAAGAAUGUUUUAAAGCUGACAUAAUCCCAUUACAAUUCCUUAACAAGUUAUUUAUAAUCUCACAAGUUUAUUGGACAGAGCACACAGGGCCAAGCAACUUAAACAUAACCACUUUCAGAUGUAUAACACAGCCUGACUCCUAUCUACUGUACUGUGCCAAACCAAGAAGGAAUUUUAACUAGGUUUACAGAAAACAUAAAUAUUUCUUCUCAUUUUACGAGGAUCUCGUAAACCUCUGGCAAGGUGAUUAGUGUCUAGAUGGGUUGGAUGUUCGUUAACUGUUUGUAAACAAGACCUUGGGUGGUUUUCACAGAAAGGAGUCUCUUUGGUAACACUGCUGGCUGUCCAGCUUUGACAGAAGACAUUGGUGCUCAUUUUAAAGGAGGUAGGUAUAGACUUCAGUUUGGACUGAUCCUAAAAAGAGAAGAACAAGAUUUUGUUUUUGUAAUUCCUCAUUGCUUAACUUUGAGAGGGAAGUUUAAGGACCUGUAUAUUUUUGUUGCUGAAGGGAAAGGUGCAUUUACAUGACCUAAUUAUAGAAAUUGCUGUGCACGUCUAAGAUUGAUUUAGCUCUAGAAACGUUCACAGGUAUGAGCUUGCCAACAGAGAGAGCAUGAUAGUUAUAUUGUUAGUGUUCACAAGCAGAAACACAAGUUCAAAAUAACACAAAGAGUGUAAUGUAUUUUGUCUGAUGGACAGAAUGUGAGCAUCUUUUGGUAUUCUCUCACUCUUUCACUGCACAAAUACUGGAUGAGUUAUCUUUCACUGUCAGUAUAUAUUUGGAGCCGCAACUGGAUAUAUUUUCUGAACUGACAUUCAAAAACCCACCGUCUGGGAAAAGAACAGUGGAUCCCAAGCUCUCAGACCACAUAGGCUGUGGUUAUUCCAGAAUCCCUGGGAUGUGUCAUUCCUCCUCUUUUUAUUCCUCAUGACUGAAAGCUGCUGGGAAGGAGGACAGGAUUUCUCUGAGGCUGGAGUCAUUCUAAAGCACAGAAUUGGCCCUGAGAGAGAAAGCUUUGAAUGUUGACUGACUCCAUAGAUAACCAUCAUUCAGCUGAAAACUUCAGUGGGACUUCCUAAAGCCAAACUGCAGGCUUACGCUCGAUGAAUAGCUGGCACUUGCUGCCGUGUGCAGAAUGUAUUCUACACACAUUCUCAGCACAUAAUUUGUGUGUUUUUUAAGGAUCCAGAAAGUUGUUUAAGUGUCUUUUAACACUCAUUUUACAUUGGAAAAGUUGACUGAUUUCUUACUGGAUUUUUUAUCCCCCUGAUUAAUUAUAUUUAAAGGGUAUUCAUCUCUGCUACCAUGAGUCUGGGAAAACUGCCAGGGAUUAAAGGCUUAGCGUCGGGCUCUCAGGGGAAGAGGCACUUUAAGAGCGAACUCUCCGUGGACAUGAUCAGCCCACCGCUACCAGAUUUUCGCCACACCAUGCACGUGGGCCGCGGCGGCGAUGUGUUCGGAGACACCUCCUUCCUUAGCAAUCAUGGGGGCAAAGGGGAACCAGUGAGCCCCGAUUCACCCACCACCAGCACGAAGACCACCCGCUUCUUCUCCCGCACCCUGAGGCAUGUACGCAGGUCCCCUGUGCCCCGUGCCAGGAUCGGUUCCCGUGACCUUUCUCCCCCACCGCCUCCUGUCUCACCCAUCAUCAAGAACGCCAUCUCAUUGCCCCAGCUGAACAUUGACAUGCCCAACGGCUACCAGAGGGUGCUGUUCCCCAGCUCAGUGAGCUCCCCAGAUGCCUCCCUCUACAGCUACGGUCUGCAGUCUGGUUUCGUCACACUACCCCGCCACUCCCGCCUUGAUAAACAGCUGCAGGAGGGCACCGGACUGUUCGCUCAGGACUUUCAAUGUGGCUCGCUCCCAGACAACGACGGCUUCGAGCUAACGCGCUCUGACUCCUUCACCUCGUUCACAGUGGACCUUGGCCCCUCCCUCAUGAGUGAGGUUCUGGGUAUGAUUGACAGCCCCAGUUGCCUCACUAUGCCCAAUCACAGCUGGGAGUUGGGGGAAGAGGAGGAAGAGGAGGAGCAGAGCUCUGUGUUUGAGCUGGCUGUGCAGAGCCCCAUGCUAAGCUCAUCAAACCCUUCCAUAUUAAGCACUCCGCUCAAAGUGAAUGUGAACAACAGGGGAGAGGAGGAGGAUGAAAGAUCUCUUAAGACACUAGACGCAUCUAUGGGGUCUCCUACACAGGUAGAACCAGUUAUGGAAGCUGAGAGGUUCCAGAGGGCAGCUGACGUACUGGCGCGUCACUACGGGGGAGGCUCCUUCUCCAGGAGUCAACGCAGCGAUUCUGCCUCCUCCUCCUCCUCACCCCUCAGCCAGCCUAAAGUCCCUUACGCCUUCCCUGAGGAAGAGGAGAUCAAAGUCUGAAACAUUUACCAAAUGUCUAUCAUUGUGAGGAGAAGAACCCUUUUGAUCAUUAGACUACUUACUGGGUGACCUUGGUUCUGAAUCCUUGCACUCAAGACCUUCAGAGGGAUCCAUGUUUUUCAAUAAACCUUUUACAUGAAUGAUUUGAAUUGGAAAGCUCCUCCUCGUAAUGAUAAGAGCUCUCUUGUCUACCAUCUAACAACUGAAUCAAUACUGUCUCUUGUUCAGUUCUAGAGAAGCUUGUGUAGAGUUUGACAGACAUGAUCUGACAGCAACAUUGGACAGGGUAUAUAUAAAAACAACCUUUAAAACAUGACAGGUUUCAUUAUAUUUUCAUAAAAAAUAUACCUUAUACUAAGCAGAUCCCAUUAAACUGUUAUUAAAUUCUGGGAUGGAACAAUAUCUUGGUAUCGUGCAACUCUGUGCUAUAUCAGCUGCAGUGCAACAGUCACACAAGAUGCCGUACAACAAACAACCAGAAGGAAGGACACAGUGAUGAGCCAAGGCUGUCUGUCAAAAGCACUCAUAGUGGUCAUUCACAGACAUGCCACAUGGAUGUAAGGAACAUAAUACAUUUUAUUUUUAGAAGACAAAGGUAGGAUUUCCAGCCUUAUGACACACUCCUUCUGUGAAAAGGAUUGAAAAGGGAGAUAAAACAUGACUAUCUGCAAAACUAUUUGUAACAGUAUGUGGAUACUAAAGGGACAAUACAUUUUGUUUUGUUUGAUUUCGUUUCUAUCCACCUGACCUAAAUUGACAUAUCUUCACUGACAAAAUCAUCUCAGUUAGACCUAACACAAAGCCAGUUUCAUAAAUGAUCAUUUCCUGAGAAAAGUUUGAUAGGAAUAAAUCUUUUCUCACUAAUAUCUGGAUUAAUAUCUGAGAUUGCACUGCAUGCUAAGGUUGAAAUGAAGGGUGUGCCCUGUAAAAUGUCUAAAACUAAUUUUGGAUACACAGCCCUAUAAUCGUUUAAACCUAUAGCUGCCUUACAGUGAUAGUUAUUGUCAAGUACUUUUUCCAAGUAUGUUUGUUCUCAGUGUUAUGUUCAUACAUGUGAGUAUACAUUUCUUUUUAAAUAACAAGGAAACAAAUGCAUUGUCAUACAUGAAGGUAAUCAAAUUAAGUUGAAUAUUAGCUAUGUUCAUAAGACUACAGGCACUCUACUUAAAAUGACCAGUACAGACAUGUAUGUGAUGUCACAUAUGAAUACAGUAUGUAUACGGAAUGAGAUACGAUUGUAUAAUUUGAUCCAUUUACCAGUAGCAGUCAUAGCAGUCAUAUUCUUAACAAUAA